AUGAAAUCUCUCCCCUACUUAUUAGCACUUUUCGGGUGCAUUCUUUUGGGUGUCAUCGGGUCCCCAAUAUCAACGGAUGCCAACAUUCUCACGAAAAGAGGGCUCGAGGUGACCGAUGGAAAAAAGAUUGUGUUAGUCACAAAGACUGGCUCAAAGAAAGAUAUAGAAGCAGUCAGCGAUCAUGACAAGGAAUGGAUCGACAAGUAUAAAGAGAAAAUCAAAGGCAGAAACCUUCCGUACACCCCCGAAUACCAAGCAUACUACGACUACUACCCGUUAGGUCAAGGAAAGGAGCCCACAACUGCAGCACAGGUUCGAUUCUAUCCGCCAAAGAACCAGGAUAAACAACAGCAAGCAGUCAUGAAAACAAAGCUUGAUGCUGCAAAGACCGAAUGGAAGAAGACGGACACAUAUAGGAAAUUCAAGGAAGCACUGGAUGAGCUCAGUACGGAGGUUGCCGUUUCAAAGAUUCUCGGUCUAGGCUGUGGAUCGUUAAACGCUAUAAAUCCUUUCUCUGAAGCAGCCGAAACAAGAAACCGGGAGCGAUCCUAUAUUCAAACGGCUAUUAUGCUUACUAUACAGGAGGAUCUGAAGAGCGGCCCAACGCUAAUUUUACAAGAUCCGACCUACGGAGAGGCAGAGAGCGGUUUCUUGGCAAAUUCCGCGUCGAAGGGCAAUGUUCAAGUUAUGAAUGACCCUGAUGGAUUCGACGCGAUUGAUGACAAGACCAUCGUAUUCAAUAUUGGAGGUUACGAAGCUUUCUGGUACCGCAUCGACAAGGGCCCAACGCCAGUCGCGAUCAUCACCGAAACUCUUGAUACAACCAUCGGAGACAAGGCUAUGCUGAAACCGCAGUCGGACCUACUCAAUAAAUACGAUAGCGACCCUAAGGAAGUGGCAGAGAAAGACGUUGUUGGCCUAGGUAGAAAACCAACAAAAUUCUGGACGAGAGCGUGUAAUUAG